UACUCCUUUCUCCACGCCCGCUCGUCUCACCAUUUCAUUUCUCAUCCUUCUCUCUUUUUCUGUCUCUCAUCAUGCCUCGUCCUCUCACUCUCUCUCUCUCUAAUCUUUUUCACUUCCUUUCUCUCUAAAAAAAAAGGAAGACUCGAUGUAAGAGUAAGUGAGAGAACAAAAGAGCGAAAGGGAGUAAUAAACAGAUAUUAGAUAAAUGUGCAAAGAGAGAGAGGGAUAAGAAGAGAAAGCAAAGGGAAAGUUGAAGGUUUGCCUCAUUCAGGAUAAAGGAAAAAGGCGGAGAAAGCAAGCAAGGGAGAUACGAUAGAGGAAAAAGAGAGAUGGGAGAGAGAGGAGGGGACGAAGAGAAGAGAUGGAUGGAGCCUGAGUGAGUGAGAUAGAGAGAGAGAAAGCGGGGAAAGGGAGGGAGGGAGAGAGAGGGAGAGAAGGAGCUGGACUCGGAGCAGCAGUGUGCCGGGAGACGUGAGAGCGUGGAGGACAGAGAGGCGUAAGGAUGAAAAGAUGGAGAGACCGGCGUGCGAGCGAGCUUCAGUGGAGAACUCGGAGCUUCUCAUCACCCCGCGACUUGUUGCACCGCUAAAGCUGCGCCGCCGCACUAACGGACUGGUUUAAGAGUCACAGCUGGUAAUUGGCACUAAUUACCCUUUCGUCUCCGAGGCAGAAUUUAGCCGGGACUGAACUUCACCCAGAGCUGAGAGGAAGGACGUUAAGGCUCGGGUUGUACACGUGUGUGUGUGUGUGUGUGUGUGUGUGUGAGAGAGAGAGAGCGAGAGAGCAUAUGUGUUCGUGUGAGUGUAGGAGUGUGUGUUUGAGAUGUCUCGGUCUUCACAUGAUGGCCAUGAGGCUUCCAGGGAUCUUCGGGCGACCCUCGUUCCAACGCCCACCCCAGCAUGCCCCGCCUCUGUCACUGACUCCGCCUCUCAUUCAAGCUUUGACUCCGCCCCCACGAGCUGAGCAUGCAGGUCCUUCAGAUCGUCAAAGAGCUGGUGUCUCCGUCUCGGCGCCGCGCCAGCUCGAGGUUCGCAGCGUCUGACGGAGAGCAGGACGCCGCUGUGAGGUUGGAUCAGGAGCGGGCUGAAAUCGUUGCCAGAUAUGACAAGGGUCUGGAAGGUGGUGCUGUUGAGUCGUGGGAGGAGGCGAACUAUGACCUCUACAAAGUGGUGGACCGCUUCGGCUUCCUCCAUGAGUCUGAACUUCCAGCAUUUAAUGCUAUGGAGGAAAAGCACAAGCACCUGGAGCUGGAGAGGACGGAGAAAUGGUUGAAGAUGCUGAAAAGCUGGGACAAGUACAAGAACAGCGAGAAGCUGGUGAGGAGGGUCUAUAAAGGGAUACCACUACAGCUCCGAGGACAGGUCUGGUGUCUGCUUCUUGACAUUCCCAAAAUGAAAGAGGAGAAGAAGGACUUCUAUGAGAAGCUGAAAAUGAGGGCGAGAGGUCUGUCCCCUGAUAUCCGUCAAAUAGACCUGGAUGUAAACCGCACAUACAGGGACCACAUCAUGUUCAUGCGCCGCUACGACGUCAAGCAGCAGGACCUGUUCCACGUCCUCACGGCCUACUCCAUGUACAACAGGGAGGUGGGAUAUUGUCAAGGUAUGAGCCAGAUCACCGCUCUCCUUCUGAUUUAUAUGAAUGAAGAGGACGCAUUCUGGGCUCUGGUCAGACUGCUAUCUGGACAGAGACAUUCCAUGCACGGAUUUUUCGUGCCAGGUUUUCCAAAGCUGCUGCGCUUCCAAGAGCAUCAUGACCGCAUCCUGAAGAAGAUGAUGCCUAAACUUAAACAACAUCUUGACAGCCAGGAGGUUUUCACCAGUCUCUACACCAUGAAGUGGUUCUUCCAGUGCUUUCUGGAUCGUACGCCUUUCACGUUAACCCUCAGGAUAUGGGACAUCUACAUUCUGGAGGGAGAGCGAGUUCUGCCUGCGAUGUCCUACACCAUCCUCAAGCUCCACAAAAAGACCCUGCUGAAGUGCUCCAUGGAGGACCUGGUCGAGUUCCUUCAAGUUGCCCUCUCGAAGGAUUUUUUCUUCGAAGAUGACUAUGUAAUCGAGCAGCUCCAGAGCUCCAUGACUGAACUCAGACGCUCUAAAUUAGAUCUUCCUCCUCCAGGUAAAGACGACGAGCUUCCCACAAAGCCGCUGGGCCAGCUUCCACCAGAGCCUGAGGGAUUGGCACCAGAGAAAGCCAAUCACAUCGCAAAUGGGCGGAUGGAGGCUCUACCCUCUCCAAGCACAGCCACGGAAAUUACCAUUCCGGAAAACAGAGAGAAAAAGGACUCAGAGGAUAGAACGCUACAAAAAACUGAGAACAGGGAGGAGACCAAGGAAGACGUGCCAAGCGAGAGCGGAAAACCGCGCAUGCCACCAAGUCUAAACGCGAAUGUAGGACGCAAGGACAUCGGGCCACGCUGGGUGAAGCCAUCCGAGGGCAGACUGGCAGCCAUGAUGGAGGGCCAAGUGAUCCCCAAUAGCACGGUACCCUCUUCUCCCAGCAU